GUUCGAACCCUGCGUCAACUGUCAAUUCAAAACGCAACCGACUUUUUUUUCACACUCUCUACCAUUUUCCAAAGUCAUCUUUGUUUGUUCGUUGUUUAUUUUAUAAAUUCGACUGAAAAUUUAUAUAUAUUUUUGUAUCAUUGUUUGUAUUCGUCGAAUUUUUUUCUUAAUCAAUUUUAUAGCAAACUGAAAUAAGGUACGCAUAGCGAAAUGGCAAUGUACAAAACGUCAAGUGCAAAAAAUGAAAAUCUUGUUAAUGUAUUGGAGAAGUAUCGGCCAACAUCGUCAAUAAAUUUCAGUGACAUAGUUGAAGACAGAACGAUUUACGAUCAGUCGCGAACAGAGGCGACAUUCGAUCCGUCUCAGAUAAGCGGUCGGCUAUCAACAUGGGGAAACGAUGAGGCAACGAUUGGGCCCGACAUCGAUCCAGAUACCGUAUCAGUUGACGACAUUCUAGGCAAUAGCAUAGUACACGAGAUUCGACACAUGAGCCAAAGCCGUCAAGGAGCACACAGCACAAGUAUUCGCAAUAGUCUGCCAUUUAGAUUCUCAACAUCACAGUGUCCAAUUCGUAGCGAUGACUUGAGCUGUGCAUCGGAUGAUUUUCGGCCAGGAGCGGAGUUUAAUGAGCAGAUGGAUAAGGAUGAAAAAUCAUGGGAACAGGAACAUGCCAUUAUACCACAGAUGAGCGUCGAUUCAAUUUCGGAGUUGGACGUAUCACCAAAAACCUUACCUAAACAGAAAAAAUUGGUGAAUCUACCAGAUUUUUCAAUGGCUUAUUUGGGCGAUAGCCUUUCGGGUAACAGUGAUAUGUCGAUGGGUCGGUUUUUCCUAAAUCGCUGCGGCGACAUUCGGGAAAUGAUUUCCGCUAAAAGCCCAACCAAGCACAUACCCGUUGCAUUAGUUGCGAAUUCCACUCAAUCAGCUGUUGCUGAUAGCGACAUAAAUUCUCAAGCAUCAUCUUCGUUCUACGCAGAUGACGAAUCAAAUUCAAAAGCGGCUCCGAAGAUUAGCACCACCACUUAUGAUAAGAAUCUGUCAGUCGCUAGUCUAUCUACCAUUGCGAGUCAUUUAGAAGAAAAUGAUGCUGAGACGCCCGGAUCUUUCCUCGAUAAGCUGUACAAAAAUAAAACGAAGCCGUUGACAAAAUCGAAUGUUCAACUCUUGGAAAAAACAUUGAACCAACAAUCCCAAGCAUCUGUUAAAUUGGGAUCUGCACAAAGUUCAGCCAUGAAUCAGGAAUAUCGAAUUUAUGGCCAGUACGAGCAUCCAAACGAUAAUGCAGACGGUAUGCUGAGUCGAAUGAAUAGCACAAAAAUUGAGGAACAAAAUAACGAAUGGCGCCAGUCCAAAGGCACCACCAGCACAGAAACCAUAGGUUCAGAUGGAUCGGGCAGAACGUUGGAAAAAACUUAUUCUCCGAUUAAGGAUCAAUCACCACCAGAAAAACCACUCGAAAAUGGUAUUAACGGUGGCAAAAAUAAAAGGGGUCGUUCGCCAAACCCAGUGCAAGCAACUGACAUCAAUUCACCUGAUAGAGGCCAUCGUCAGUAUGCGCAGAAAGAAAAUGCCGAGAGUGAAUAUGGUAAAAUGAAUCGUUUGCCACGACGUUUGCGUGCAUCAGGGCAAGAACCGUUAGAUGAUGUGUCAAGCAUUAUGAAUAAUCUACGAAUUAAAUCACCACCCACACGAGACGGUUCAAAGUCACCAAAAUCAGUAAUGCUUCGAAAGUGUGAAACCGAUUUAAAACCAACCAAAACGGAAAGUCAAUCAAAUGAAGACCAACGUCGGUAUGCGGCUCAAAAUCGAUCAGUUGACUUACCAAAAUUGUCACUGCCAAACUAUGGCCUACAGGGAAUGCGAACCUCUUAUCAAAAUCCACUUGAUAAACGAUGCAAUUCGCAAUUGAGCACACACAGCGAGUUCACGCAACAUGAUGGCAAAUUCCCGUUGAAAUCAAAUACAUCAGAACUGGUGUGGGAAUGUGUUAAAUUGAGAAAGAGCGUCACAAAGUUAUUUGUCAUAAAAAAUACCAGCGAAAAGAAGUUGGGAUUGAAAAUUGUGGUAGUCGGGCCCGGCUUUCAAAUUGUCUCCGGCAUUGAAGCAGACUCAGUAAUUUUGCAAGGACACGAGUGUCGUACAAUAAACGUAGCAUUUUGCCCGACAGUCAUUGGCAAAGCCAUUGGAAAGAUCAUAUUCAAACCGACCAAAAAUUGGUCGGAAGAAACCGAGCGUUCCGUGUGUUUAUGGGCUUAUGGUGGUAGCACAGCGUUGCAGUUGCAAGGCAUCGAACGAGGCCCGGUCGGCAGCUCAUUUCUCAAAAUGGGCGAAACCAGUAGCAUCACAUCGACCACACUGAAUCGAUCAUUCUCCAUCUACAACAAGGGUCCACUGAACGGUGUCGCCACAAUUUUCAUAAAACCGAAAACAAAUCAAUGCAUCAACGAAAGUCACAUUCUCAUCGAACCGAAUAAGUGUGUCAUUCGGCCGGACUGUUCAACGAAUAUAACCGUUAGCUAUAAGCUGAGACGAAAGGAUUUGGAACGAAUUAGAGAACCAUCAUGUGAAGUAUUGACGAUUGGUACAUUGGAGGUCAUUUUCGGUUCAGAACCGAAUCGGCAGCGUAUUGCCUCAAUGCUAACGCAACGCGGAAGCAUUCCGUCCAUCUACAAGCAGCUUGAAUUUUUGGUAAAUGACUUUCCAGCGGCCAGCAUUGAAAACUUCAGCGAUUUUCGAGAGGACAUUGACAAUGUGUCCGAUCUGUUCGGUUGCUUCAAAACAUCCGAAAUUGCAUUAACCAUCAAUCGAACGAAUUUGGAUGAGACACAAGAUGCUGACCUAAGCGGUAUGGAUGAAUCGGUUAUGUUUCGAACUCUGAUCGAAGCACCAAAACCAGAUCAAGUUGCAACACAGCCGAUGGUCGAUUUACCAAAUACAUCCAAUGACAAGAUGUGGGAGGUCCAUCCAAAACGAUUGUCAAUGGACACGCGCAACAAUUCGCGCAAAUCAAUCACCGUUCAGAGCUUCUUUCAACAGGCACAAACAUUCCAAGUGGACUCAGACUAUCGCGAAUACUUAAAUUUUUCAACCACAUCGGGCCAAAUCAAACCAAAAGGCGAAUACACCAUUUGCAUUGAGCUGAAGAAACACAUGCACAUCAGCCCAUUCAGCGGUGUUAUCACAAUUUACUUCGAAAAGGAUUGCAUCGAGAUUCCAAUCAGUGUUCAACCAUUACCAUACGAAUACAGCAAAUAUUGAACGUUAGUCGAAGAAUUGUAUCGUCUAGCAAACCGUAGUUUGGUUUGAGAACAAAAAUGUGCUUCAAAUGUUUUAGAUUUUAUUUAAAUUCCAUUGAAAAUUCAAGUCAAUAUUGAGCUUGCUCGAUCUCAAAUGAAAUUGAUUCCUUCCGUUCAAUCCAUAGCUGGCAUUUAAUUUUUAAUCUCAUCCGUACAAUUGUAAUCAUCACUUUCUAGACGAAGCUGUCGUAGAUAUUAAUAUAAAAUUGAAUAAACAAUCGCUGAAAUGUUCUAAGUAAAGUAAGUUUUAAAUAUCGAAAAAUAAUAAAAAAAACAAAAACAAUUCCAAAUAAA